AUGAGUCCGACCACUGACGAGGAAAAUCGAGACCUCAAUGAUGAGAAGGAAGCGGACCGGUUUAAAGUGGCGGUCCAAGGGUCGCGAAAGGACAAUGAGGACGACAAUGAGAUAGGACCAAAGCCUUUGGUAGCCGCAGGAGACGAGACUAUUUCUCUUUCGGCACAUUAUGGCAAAGCUUUGCUACCCGGUGAAGGCGCAGCUAUUGCUCAGUUUGUGCAGAAGAACAUGCGCAUCCCGCGUCGCGGAGAAGUUGGCUGGAACGGUGAGGAAAUCGAAAAUUUGGAAAAUUUAGGCUACGUAAUGAGCGGAAGUCGUCAUAAGCGCAUGAAUGCGGUUCGAAUCCGGAAGGAAAAUCAAGUCUACACAGCAGAAGAAAAGCGAGCCCUUGCGCUUAUUAAUUUUGAGGAGAAGCAGCAGCGCGAAAAUGCAAUUAUGAAUGAUUUUAAGGAGAUGCUUACCGCGCGGCUUACAAAAAAGCACGGUUCUCGCCUUGUAGAAGACAUGGAAUCAUCAGCGAAAGACUGA